AGUUACACCAAUUAUAAAUAUUCCAUAUUUUACUAUUUUUGGAAAAUGAAGAAAAUUAAAGUUAAUAUUAUCAAAGUCCUAACAUGAUUCAAACAAUUUUUUUUAUCCCCUUAUUGGAUAAUUGUAGAUGCUCCAUUGAUUCCACCCUCACAUAGGUACACAAUCAUGACCUUUUUAAUAACCAUCAAUUAUUCUUUGAUUCCUAGAUUAUAGACACGCAUACGAGGAAGUGAAAGAUGAAAUUUCUAAAUAAAUCGAACAUCCGUCGAGAUGAGUCAAUGAGAACGAACACGUGUGCACGGUAUACGAGAACGAAACAGAGAGUCCCUUGUUCUCCACUUUUCAAAGCUCGAAUACAACUUGAACACUCGUUUACACGAUUCCUCGGUCGAACAAGUAACAUCAGUUUGCUCCAAAGUAUCGACAGUUGAUCGUUCGAUGCUCCACCGGAAAUAAGUGGCUCGACGAGAGCUCCAUUUAUACACUCGCGUUGGUAGAUCAUUGACAGAUUCGAAAAAGUUCAUCGAGAGACACUCGAAUGAUAUGUGCAAACGUAGACGAAAAGCGAUCAGCAAAAAGAUCAUGACCAAAUUCAAAGUAUCAUUCGCGUAGAAAGAGUGUAAUUUAUCAAAUUUUUGAAGCAUGUAAAUUGCAAAGAUGAUCGGUUCGAUCACGAGAAAAUGCAUAUUGAUCGGCCUGUUAUCUCGUUUGUUGAUUGCAAUUGCAUUCUUCGAUGACUUUCCUCGAUUUAAUGAAGAUUUUCAUUUCGAAGUGGGUGCAGUUAAUAACACAGCAUCGUUGAUUGUUAAUUUUAAAGAAAAGAGACACGUGAAUCAACAUGAGUUUAAUGAGAGCCUGGAGAACGUUCAAAGAACGUUUCAAAAUAAAGCUAACACCUUGUCGCAUCUUCUGAAAAUUCAUAUUGAUCAUUUGAGGAAUGAAACUGAUCAGAUUGAAUUGGUAUUCCUCGUCGAUGCAUCGGGGUCGGUAGGCCUGAAGAAUUUCCAAAGUGAACUGAAUUUCGUGAAAAACCUUUUAUCCGAUUUCUCGGUGGAACCAUCGGUAACCAGAGUCGCGAUCGUGACGUUUGGUGGCAGAAGAAACAUCAGACGGAACGUCGAUCAAAUAUCUCGUAGUAGUGGGAUUGAUAAUAAGUGUUAUUUAUUGAACAAACAAUUAAACAAUAUCACUUAUACCGGUGGUGGAACGUACACGAAGGGUGCUCUUUUAGAAGCCUUUAGGAUUCUCGAGAAGGGUCGACCAAACGCUAGGAAAGCAGUGUUUCUAAUAACAGAUGGAUUCAGCAAUGGAGGUAAUCCUCGUCCUGCAUCAAACCUUCUGAAAAAUGCAGGUGCAACGAUCUUUACUUUUGGAAUACGUACAGGAAAUGUAGAUGAGCUUCAUGAUAUAGCUAGUUAUCCCGGAUAUACGUACAGCUAUUUUUUAGACAGUUUCACCGAAUUCGAGGCUCUUUCUCGAAGAGCUUUACACCGUGAUUUGAAAACGGGCAAAUACGUGCCGGUGACGUAUCCAGAUAAUUGCAAUCUCUUGUGCAGAAAUAUCAGCGAAGUAGGAAACGAGCGGAAUUGCUGCGAUAAUUCCGCGACCUGCGCCUGCGGGACCGCAACCGGUCAUUACUCCUGCAUCUGUCCCACUGGAUAUUUUGGUUCCGGUUUCAAAGAUUCUUGUCAGCCUUGUCCAAAUGGUACAUAUGCUUCCGGUGAAAUCUCUGGAGACUCAACUUCCAUGUGUAUACCAUGCCCUGAUGCGAAUCAUGUGACUAUUAAGAUACCUGCAACAUCAGUGGAACAUUGCGUUUGCGACUCUGGAUUCACUACAGAUGGACAUAAAUGUGAAGUCAUAACAUGUCCAAAACUGAAGAUACCUGAAAAUGGAUAUUUAGUGAAAGCUAGUGCAUGUAACAACGUUGUGCACGCAGCAUGUGGCAUAAGAUGCAGAAUCGGUUUCUACCUAAUAGGUGAUAGUAUUCAACUCUGUGGAAAAGACGGUAGUUGGUCUGGCAAUCAACCAAAAUGUCUAUUAAAAACUUGUCCGGUGCUUCGUGUUCCUGCCCACGGUCGAAUGCGUUGUCAAACUGAAGAAGAUCAGCAUCGAAUCACAGAUAAUUCUACCGCGUAUCCCAUCGACACUCGUUGUCAAUUCAAAUGUGAGAUUGGUUAUCAACUUCGAGGGAGUAAAAUUCGUAAUUGUCUACCAUUAGCGCAAUGGGAUGGAUUGAAAGCUACUUGUAAAGCAAUCAAAUGUGAACCAUUGAAGCAAAUAGCAAAUGGUCAAAUUUCUCCCAAAGCAUGUUCUGGACCAGAAAAAGUACCAUUCGGAACGAACUGCAUGAUUACGUGUAAAAAGGGUUUCGUGCUUGAAGGACCAAAAAGUAGAACAUGCGGAGGACGUUCUGGUAUCUGGACUCAACGUCGAACCGUCAAUCGUUGUGCAGAUAAAACACCACCCUCGAUAACGUGCCCCUCUGAUAUAAUCACAGAGAAUCUACCGGGAAAGAAUUACGCAUACGUUAAUUGGACAGCUCCGACAGCUAUCGAUAACGUGGACGAGUCACCUACGUUAUGGAGUAAACCGUACAUUAAUUUUCCAUGGAAAGUGAAAAUUGGUACACGUACAGUGGUGUACGUGUCGCAGGAUUCAUCUGGCAAUAAAGCUAGAUGCAAAUUUAAAGUUAAAGUCCUUGAUAAGGAACCACCAAUGAUCGAGAAUUGCAUAAAUCCUCCCAUACUCUAUACUGAUAAUGGAAUUGGCGUAUAUAAUGUAACAUGGGAUGAACCUGGUUUUUACGACAAUUCGAAAAGCCCCGUGCAGGUGGAACAGAAUUAUCAUCCCGGAGAAAAUACAUUUCCUAUUGGAUUAAUAAAAGUAGUAUACACCGCUAUUGACAUGUAUGAUAAUAACGCGAGUUGUAUACUGAACGUUACUAUAAAAGACAUAUGUGACGAAGUUCCGAAGGUAUUAAACAGUUACUCAAGAUGCUCUAACUUAUCAAAUGAAACGAAUGAAUGUGUAAUAAAUUGCGAUGAAGGAUUUGGAUUUGCUACCGAGGAUUCAAACCAUCAGAUUGUGGAAGAUAUAUUGUUGUUAAAAUGUAAUACGAACAAUUCGAGUUGGACCGAAGAAGAUUACAUACCUGAUUGCUCAGAAUCGAAUGUUCCUAAAACAGUGUCUCAAGAAGGAAGCAUCGUGUUAGAAGGAAAUGUUUCAGUCGUAUGCGAUAAUCAAACAACGCUUCGCGAAUUGAGCCAAUAUAUUACCGCCGAUUUAAGAUCAACAUUGCUCGACAUUUGCGGAAAUGACAUCGAAUGCAAUCUCAUUACUUUCGAUCCUGAAUGUGAAGAGAAUCUUUCUGCAGGAGGGAACGUUUAUUCUAACUUGACAAGAAGACGAAGAGAAUUGAAUUAUUAUGACAUUUCUAGUACUGAGUUACACGAAAUUGAUACAAUGAUAAUGAACGGUGUCAAUAAUAAGGAGAAACGAAAUGCUAAAUUAAAGGAUAAUAAUAAAAAUAAAGCAAAAAUGAAGAAAAAAAAGGAGAAAAUUGAAAUAAAGUUCAAAUUUUUAGGAAAAAUAAUAGAAGAAAAUUUUGAAAAUCCGCGUGAAGGAGUACAAAAGUUGAGACAGAAGAUCGAAUCAUUGUCUCAAUCUGGAAAAUUGAAUUUGUUAAACAAUAAAACGAAUGAAGAAAUUGCAAGACUUGCAUUGAAUUUGCAUCUCGUUUUCAAGAAUUUCCAGGAGCUUUGCGAACCAGGAACCGUCUUAAAAAAGCAUACUUGUGUGAAAUGUCCUUUGGGUACCUUCUUCGAUUCAUCGACUAAACGUUGUCAACCGUGUCCUUUCGGUGAAUAUCAGGACACAACUGGAUCCUUAAAAUGUAAACGCUGUCCAGAACACACUUUUACAAGAAAGAUUCGUUCAAAAUCUUUACGAGAUUGUAUACGUAUUUGUAGACCAGGAUACUAUUCACGAAGAAGACGUUACUAUGAUACAGGUUUCGCUUUAGAGCCUUGUCUAAUGUGCGACAUAGGAUUCUAUCAAUCCGAAUAUGGGCAAACUCAUUGCCUUCCAUGUCCGCCUAAUACAACUACAGAAAAUCGUGGAACUAAAUAUUUCAAUGAUUGUCUGCCAUUCUAUAAAAUUGAAAGUGGUAUCUGUGAAACAGAAUCUUGCUUGAACGGUGGACAAUGUACGCAAGAAGAGGAUAGUUUCAGUUGUGAAUGUCUGAACUAUUAUAUUGGUUCAAAAUGUGAAACAUUUCGAAAUCCAUGCGAUUCUUCGCCCUGUUUAAACGAAGGAACAUGCAAUGUGCAAAAUUUUGGAAAUGGUACAAUUUGCUAUAAUUGUGAUUGUACAAAUGGAUAUUCAGGAAGUAAUUGCGAGUUAUACAUCGAUGAGUGUGUUGUUAAUCCUUGUUUAAACAACGGUACAUGUGUGAGCACUGAAAAUGAUUACACUUGCGAAUGCAAACACGGUUUUGAAGGAGAAUUUUGUGAAAUUGCUAUGAACCAUUGUGAUCCUUCGCCUUGCAUGGAAGGAUCCACUUGCAAAAAUAUUAACGAAACUUGGCAGUGUUUUUGCAAACCCGGCUUUUUUGGUCGUUAUUGCAAUUUGCUACCCUGUGAUUGGUUGCCAUGUAACGAAAAUUCGUACUGUAUUAAUAUAGAAGAACGAAACGCAACAGGAAUGAGUUACAGGUGUGAAUGUAUCGAUGGAUAUAUUGGAGAAAAUUGCACGAUAAGAAUUGAUCAUUGUAAAAAUGAUCCAUGUUUGAAUAAUGGAAAAUGUGUUAAUGGUGUCUCCAAUUAUACCUGCGUAUGUUCUGUUCCAUUUACAGGACGCCAUUGUGAAACUGAAUUGUCAUCCGAUUAUGUUAUACAGUUUAUUAAAUCUGGAACGACGGAUUAUGUUAGUAUGAAAGGACCAGUGACGAAUCUCUCAGAGUUAACAACAUGCUUAUGGCUUCAAUCAAAGGAUACAUUUAACUACGGUACAGUGUUAUCCUAUGCAACAAGUUAUUACGAUAACGCGUUUACUUUAACCGACUAUAAUGGGCUUGUAAUAUAUAUCAAUGGUCAGAAAGUAGUGACUGAUAUUAAGGUAAACGAUGGUCACUGGCAUUUCAUAUGCAUUACUUGGGAAAGUGAAUAUGGCUAUUGGAAUAUAUUCAUUGAUGGAUUUUUAAGAGACAAUGGAACUCAUUUAGCAAAAGGAAGUGUAGUCCAAGGUAGUGGAACCCUCGUGAUUGGUCAAGAACAAGAUCGUAUGGGGGGUGGAUUUUCGGAAUUAGAAUCCUUCCUUGGAAAAUUAACUUUGCUGGAUAUUUGGAGCACAGUUUUAAAAACGACAGACGUGCGUCACUUGUUCAACACCUGCGACAAAUACCAUGGCAAUGUAAUCGCAUGGUCACAGGUGCAAGAACACAUACACGGUGAUGUUGCGAUAUUAGGCAGUCCAUUUUGUCGUGGCUGUCCCUUACCCGUUGUGCCAUUUAAGGGUAACAUAAAUGUCAGCCACGAUGCUUUGGAAAUUACUUAUUAUUGCGACAAUGGUUACAUGGUGCGAUUUUAUGGUAAAGAAUACCGAUCUUUGAGAGUUAAAUGUCUUAAGCAAGGACAGUGGGAGGGAUAUUACACACCUGUUUGCACCAGAAGGAAAUGUGGAUUUCCGGGGUAUUUUCCACGAGGUCGUAUGCACGGUAGAUCGUACUUAUAUGGGGAUGAAAUACGCUAUUCGUGCUUAACUGGGUACGAGCUUCGAGGAAAUCCACGUAGAAUUUGUACCGCCGACGGAAGGUGGAGUGGAUUACCUCCAAUUUGCAUAGGAAAAACGUGCAAGAAUCUACUGGCUCCAGAAAACGGUGACAUAGAAUAUGUGAUAGAAGAAUAUGAAAGGGAUGAUCUCUCUAUUCUACAGGUAGGGCAACAAAUUGAAUUCAAGUGUGAUGAUGGAUUUCAUUUAAUUGGAGAAAAAUUUCUGACGUGCCAGGAGUCUGGAGUAUGGGACCAUGAUAGACCAAUCUGUGUGGCUAACGGAUGUCCAUCUCCAAAAGAGAUCCAACAUGGCUAUAUGAUCACUGAAAACUCGAACAAUCUGCAAGAACCAUCCACCAGAAAUUUCAUAUUACAAAAUACAAAUAACACUUUCGAGAGGAAUUAUCAUUUUGACGAAGUUAUUGAAUAUAAUUGUCAAUUGGGAUACAAGUUUCGGGGUAAUUAUAAUUUAUCGACCGAAUUUAAGCUUCGAUGUGCCGAGAAUGGUACCUGGAUUGGAUUCGUUCCUGAUUGUGUUCCUCUGAAAUGUCCUUGGCCCAGCAUCAUAAAUAAUGCCAGAAUAUUUUUGAGAACUCAAAACGACACCAUUGAGCUUUUCAAGAGAAGACCAACUAAUGUUACAAACCUUGAAAUCAUAUCGGAAGAAAGCGAGGAUAGCUUUGAAGAGGAUAGAAUUUUAGAAGAGCAAUUUAUUAAUGGAUCAGAAAUUCUAAUAAAAUGCGACAUGGGAUAUAAAUUGAUUGAUAGUGAUAUUAGAAUUUGUAUGGAUAAUGCAGAAUGGUCAUCAGGUUCUUCAUCUUGUGAACCUCAAGAGUGUCCUCUGUUAAACCAUCCAGUUUUUGGACUCUUUUAUAAAGGGCUGAAUUUAGAUAAUCAUACAGAUAUUUUGAGGAAUGAUCAGAACAUGAAGUGGACUGACAGAGAUUAUUACAGUGGGUCAUAUGGAAACAUUGAAUUUUUCGUAGAGGGCGAUACUUAUAUGAAAAGAAUAAUUCUUAGCUGUAGAAACAAUAUAGAAAUUAAACUGAAUGAUGAAUCUGUUUCUAACUUAACAUGGUCUUGUAACGAGUAUGGUGAAUGGACAAUAAUUAAUUCAAUGUUAAAUACUACUACAAUUGAAAAUUUAUUGAAGAACAAACUGAAUAAUAUUUGCCAAGAGCUUAUGUGUGCUUCAGUAACAAUUCCAGAAUAUGGAUACAUUGUUAAUAAUAAUUAUUCGAGAAUAAUUAAUAGCACUGUUACAUUCAAAUGUCGUCAGGGUUACAUUAUUGAAGGCAAUGAAAUGUCUGUUUGUUUGCCAAAUGUUACUUGGUCUACUAUUCCCUCAUGUAAACCCGUAUUAUGUGGGAAACCACCUAAACUUACAAAUGCAGUGUUAAAGGAUACUGUGGAAACAGCAAAUUUUACAUUUGGUGAUACAAUCACUUAUAAAUGUUUGCCUGGAUAUUUAAUGUUUGGCCAACCGAAUAUGAGAUGUCUCGCAAAUGGAAAAUGGUCUAGGACAUUUAGCAAAUGUUCCAGACUUUCAUGCAAUAAACCGAAACUUCCAACCGGUGUUACUGUUCGUGGUCGUUCGUAUUUGUAUCAAGAUCAAUUAACUUACAUAUGUCCUGGUAGUAAGAAACAAGGGCUAAUCACAUGUCAAGCAAAUGGGCAAUGGAGUGAUCCACCAAUUUGUGACAAGAUCUAAUAUGGGAGAUUACUAAUAUAACUAUAUUUCUAUUUGAGAAUCUACAAUAAAUCAUCAUAGCAAAUUUA